CUGAGAUUUUUUAUAGCGUCGGUAACUGUUGGAGGGUUUUAGUGCCAAAUUGAUUAAUAUCUGGCUUCGAAUUUUGGUCACUCUCCUUCUUUUACCGUACAAACCCCAGAAAUUUCCCCAAGGCGCGCAGUGUUAUUUUGCGAGCAUGGCUCGGGUUUAUGUCGGGAAUUUGGAUCCCCGGGUUACUGAGAGGGAUCUCGAAGAUGAGUUUAAAAUUUUCGGCGUUCUCCGCAGUGUAUGGGUAGCUCGAAGGCCUCCAGGGUAUGCCUUUAUCGAGUUCGAUGAACGCAGGGAUGCUAUCGAUGCAAUUCGUGAACUGGAUGGAAAGAAUGGCUGGCGUGUGGAACUUUCUCAUAACUCGAAAGGUGGCGGAGGCAAUGGUGGGCGUCGUAAAGGGGGUGAGGAUUUGAAGUGUUAUCAGUGUGGUGAACCUGGUCACUUUGCUCGUGAAUGUCGCUCACGAGGCUUUGGAAGCGGGCGACGUCGAAGCUCCAGUCCUCGUCGCCGUAGUAGUCCAAGUUAUGGGUAUGGACGGAGGAGCUAUAGUCCACGUGGGAGAAGAUUUCCGCGGCACCGGAGCAUAUCACCUCGUCCUGGUCGCAGCUACAGCAGGUCGCCUCCAUAUCGUUAUUCUCGCCGGGUAUCACCUUAUGCAAAUGAGAUUAAAGAGGGACCUUAACUGAAUCAUAUCUGGAAUGUCGACAUCAUUGGCAAACAGAUAUGAAAAUACUAGUUUAAAUAGGUUCAGUGAGGAAAAAAUGAUCUAGGUUACUUGUGUUUGUCGAGACACUUAGGAUGUUAGAAUCUGUGGUUUUGCUUGGCUUCCACUCUGCAGUAUUAGUGUUCCAUUCUGCGGUAGCUUGCUUUGCUUGCUGUGUUCAGCAUAUGGAACUCGGGGGUCUCGUUUCUUACUUAACAUUAUUAUCUGUUAUGUUUAAAUGUUAACUUAGUUACUUUGCUAUGGAAAGUUAAGGAUUUUGUAUGUUUUGUUGUGAGGUGUGAGAUUCGGAAGUAAAGGGCAGAUCAUCGAACCAAUCCUUUGGCCACUUUAAUGCCAUCUUAGUGCACCACUUGAAUCAGUUGAUCUACUAAGUUAUCGCCCCCUGCAUAUGGCGAAAUCGCGCUCGAGUUGCAUGUUGAAUUUGCAUCGCAUUUGUAGUAGUAACUAUCGAAUUUUGGUCGCAGCAUGUGUUGGUGCUUGUCGUUGCCAUCAAAUAUUGAAUGCAACAAUAGAGCCUUUAGUUUUUUGGGCAGAUGAAGAC